CUUCGUUUUCUAUGUAGCUAAAAUAAGUUUCCUUAGUACACCCACUUUGGGAAGUUUAUUUGUCUUGAUUUUGCAUAUAUUGUUAAGCGAGUAAAGAGAUCACCAUAAAGUUUUAAAACACCGGUUAAUAAAUAAUAAAAACAACUGACAAAAGCGAGAACUUGUCAGCGAGAACUGCUUUCGAGGAAGAGGGAAGAGAAAUUUUCGGAGGGAAGAGAAACAAACAAGAAAUCUAACACGUCAGUUUUGCUGAAUCUGCAGAGAAAAAAUGAAGACAUUUAUAUGGACAAACAAUUGUUCAUACCGGACAUGGUUUUGUACCGGAAAAGAAAGCAACAGAACUCGAUUUGAACGUCAACAGUCUUGCAACUUGUACCGUACAAAGAAAUCUUCAAGCAACACAAAACACAAUCAGUCAGGAGACGAACUUGAUGGUAUAUAUCCUGCGGAAAUUUGUGAAAUAAUAAUGCCCAAAGCACCAAAAAGUUUACCUGCUUCGUUCAACAAGAUGCCCCCUGAUGAACAACCUUUGCUUAGUGAUAGGACCAUUUUGCACCGGUUUGGCAUAGUGAAUGAUAAGCCAGGCCAAAAGUCUUCAAUAUUCAUACUACAUAAUUAUGAAGGGCGUCCAGUAUUAGAUGAGUUUGGGGCAGAGUUAUGGACCUUUCAGAGCAGCAGGAAAGAUGGCAUUGUCUACAACCACCAUUUCCUUGUAAAUGUUAAAACAGAUGGGCCACUGGCAAUAAUGAAAUUCAGUAAUUAUGAUGAAAUAGUUCUACUUAACAACAGUUUUGUACCUGAUCUGACACAUACCGACGUACGAAACCUGUUCCAUAAUGUCAAGAUCGAUGGAAUGACAAGGUUCAAAUUAAUCAUUCGCCAGGUGGUAGAAGUCAGAUCGAAGAAGCAAUGGGAAUGGAUAGAUACUAGCGCCGUACUCGCCCCUGACGCCUUUCAGAAACAUGAUAACUACCCGACAGUAGAAGCACCGAAAUUUACACAGUUGCCAGGAGGUGUACAUGAAAUGAGAACUAUUGAGUAUUUCAAAAUUCCAGGAACGCAAUAUUACCUUGAUAUCAAAAAUGAAUCUGUAGUUGCCGAUGUUUUUACCCACACAGACGCUGAUAAAACAAAACGGAUUUGCAAAAUAUUGCGAUACAGUAUGAAGUCAGACGGGCUGAUACACUUUACAGCUGCUCUAUGUUCCACAACAAACACAAGAUACAUUGUUGUUGGGCAGGGAAACCAGAUAGAAUUAGAUAAAAAUCCAAUGUGGUUCGAAGUGUUAAACACUGGCAAUAACAUACAGUUUGAGAUGAAAGAUAAAUUCUUGGCAUUCAACUCAAAGACUCUCAAGAUAGAAGCGAACCACUCAGAAUACAUGUUUUCUGAAUUCUCCGCGGAUGAGGGUUUGGAUCAUCCCGAUAUUUCAGUUUCGAUCCCGAGUGAUAAAUCAUCAUUAUGCUUCGAUACUCGCCUGUCAUCACCAUCCAUUGACAUACCAGCAUCCCUAGCACUUUCAAUAGUAAACCUAUCGGCAGAUGAUACUGAUGUUACUGAGAUAAAUGGGAAGUCUAACAACCGGGAUAUUACCAUUUUUACGUCAGAUUCAGUUACAGAUACUGGUUCACAAGAAUAUGACAUUGGUGAAUCAGAUGGUGUAAACGAUUCUACUGUGGUAUAUAACAUUUACUUGCAGGAUAUCUAAUUCCUUUCAUCUACCAUCGACUUGGGUCAGAAAGGUCAACCGAUUACAAUGAGAAUCGAAUAAGUCAUUUUGCAUAAAAUUGUAAAGCCACCUUUUUACAAAUGUGGUGCCAGACGUGUGUUCUGUGUCAAAGAAAAAAAGAUUUAUUCCGAAGCCUGCUUAGUUUUUAAAGGUGCUAAAACGUUUUGUGAUUACCGUGACAAACCAUAUAUAAAUAAUUUGAUUUUGGAAAGAGAACGAAGAAACAGCUAUCCAAUUAACAGUAGUGUGUCGCCGUCUAGAAGGAACCUUUUCCUAAGCUAAACCUUGUUUUACAAAUUCAUUCGAAUAUGAAUAAAAGAUGUUGAGUUUUAAAUUGAGUGUAUGUGUAUAUUCUCUACUGACAAAUAAUGCAAUUUUGUAGUACUUGCUAAACUGUGUCAAGCAUGUUUCCGCUAUUUUUAACUUACCAGAAUAGAUUUAUACCUGAAUUCUUAAACACUUCAUCACAGUACUUUUUCGUAUGUAGUAAGAGAAUAUGAAUUAGAAUUUGAAACGGAA